AAACUUUAUUACUACUAGCAUAUCUGCGCGUUUGUAAAUCCAGAUGUAGCGGAUGAAAGAAACGAUUUGAAAGUGCAGUUCUUCUGGCAGCACCAAAUCAAUCUAAACCUGCAUGCAGUGUAGAUAGAUCUAGGAUUAUCACUUGGACUUUUAUAACAGAAGCGAAGCGGUUAAUGUCUCGUGUGAGUCGCGUUAUUCCACUGUAUUCCUUCAUCGUGUCUUCACGGAAUAAACCGAGAUUCAAUCAUGACAGAGACGCGCAUUUCGCGCUGGUACUUUGGAGGAAUUGCCUCGUGCGCUGCCGCCUGUUGCACUCAUCCACUGGACUUAAUAAAGGUUCAUCUGCAAACCCAGCAGGAGGUGAAGAUGAGGAUGACUGGCAUGGCCAUGCAGGUGGUGCGCAGUGAUGGGGUGCUAGCGCUCUAUAAUGGGCUCAGUGCUUCACUCUGCAGGCAGAUGACUUACUCAAUGACCCGCUUUGCCAUUUAUGAAACUGUGAGAGACAAGAUAUCCAGUCAAAACCAGGGGCCCAUGCCCUUCUACCAGAAGAUCUUGCUGUCUGCUUUUGGAGGUCUUACUGGUGGGUUUAUUGGGACACCAGCGGACAUGGUUAAUGUCAGAAUGCAGAAUGAUGUGAAGUUGCCGCCUGAGUUAAGAAGAAACUAUGCACAUGCUCUUGAGGGAUUGUUGCGUGUCUGGAAAGAAGAGGGAAUAAAGAAGCUGUUCUCUGGAGCCUCAAUGGCAGCUAGUAGAGGGGCCAUGGUCACUGUGGGGCAGCUGUCCUGUUAUGACCAGGCCAAGCAGCUGGUUCUGGGAACUGGUUUGAUGACUGAUAACAUUUUCACUCACUUUGUUGCUAGCUUUAUUGCGGGGGGUUGUGCUACUGUUCUCUGUCAGCCUAUGGAUGUGGUGAAAACCAGACUGAUGAAUUCAAAAGGAGAAUACAGGGGGGUGAUUCAUUGUCUGUCUGAUACUGGAAAACUUGGACCUAAAGCUUUCUACAAGGGCCUUGUCCCAGCUGGAAUCCGUCUGAUUCCUCACACUGUACUUACUUUCAUCUUUCUGGAGCAGCUUCGAUUGUACUUUGGCAUUAGAGCCGUCACCUCUACAUGAACUCUGACACAGACGUUCCUGUUGUUAAC